AUGAUUUAUAUAAUAUUGGGGUUCGCACCGAACCCACAUCUCGUUGAACAGGCUGAAACCGAUGCAGUAACUGAUACAUUUAUUAAGCUGACAACAUCGGGUGUAGUGAGGGGUCAGACGAUAGAUGUGUUGAACGUAAGUAUUGACCAGUUUUUGGGUAUACCUUAUGCCGAACCACCCGUCGGGAGACUCCGGUUCGCCAAACCUGAACCCAUCAAAACACCCAAACCGCCAUUCAUCGAUGGUCGAGUGCCGGGCAAAUCAUGUGUGCAAAAAUAUGUGCCACAAUUCUUCUUCGACAAGGUUGGAAAUAUCACCCAAAGCGAGGACUGUCUGGUGUUAAACGUGUGGACCCCUACUGUCCGCACCGGUGACCAACUGAAAGCGGCCCUAAAACCGGUAAUGUUUUGGAUAUACGGCGGUGCGUUGUUUGUUGGGUCCAUAUUUCAACAGCAAUACAACGCUAGUCUAUUGGCAGCGCAAGAUGUGGUGGUUGUGUCCGUUAGGGAAAACAUCCACUCAUUUGGCGGAGAUAAGGAUCAGAUCACUAUAUUUGGUGAGAGCGCCGGCAGUUGGUCGGGAUCGGCGCAUAUCAUAUCGCCCUCAAGUAAAGGUCUAUUUAAACGGGUUAUUAUGCAAAGCGGUGCCCAUUAUUACAACCCGGAUAGGGAUCCGGUCAACACAACUGAAGCCCUAUUUAUGGCCAAACAAUUUGCCAAAAGCAUGAACUGUACGGACGAACAGAAAUGGUUGGACUGUUUGCGUGGUAUCGACGCCCAGGCGUUGAUCAAAGGGUUUGAUACAAAUGUUCAGAUAUUCCCGAUUCUGGGCACAGAAUUUUUGCCAAUGAGUGCUCAGCAGGCGUUUAAACAAAUGUCGUUUAAUAAAGACCUGGAUAUCAUGGCCGGUGUUGAACGCAAUGAGGGCUCAGUACUAAUGCAACCCUUAGUGAUACCCAACCCUACUCUCCAAGACUUUACUCAAUUGGUAGCCAUUGUGGGCACAGUUUAUCACAAUUACGAUAUCAAACGUAUCGUAGAUUUUUAUACAAAAUCUAUUAACACAAACAAUUCCGAUGCUAUCCUAUGGGCUGAAUAUAACUUUUUUAGUGACGUAACGAUGAUAUGCCCGACCUAUAGGUUCGCCAAAGCUUACGGCCAGUUGUCGGGCACCGGGAGUGUGUACUUCUAUGACCAGACAUACGCCCGACAGUCGUAUCUAAAUGAGACACUCUAUGGUGUGACACACUUUGCGGACAUUGACUUUGUAUUUGGUUUACCACUACUGAAGCCGUCAGUCACUGACACAGCAAUCGAUACGAGAUUUAGUCUACAAGUGAUGAAAUGGUGGACAGAUUUCGCUAAAUAUGGGCGACCGGACCCCAAAUGGCCUAAACUUAUUGGCGAUAAACCGGGUGUUAAACUAGUGUCAAAAGUGAAGGUUUUAAAUCCAUAUAAGCUGUACUAUUAUUUUGAGGAUCUGUUCGCUAAGACUUGCGAUGAUGUCUUCUCAUGUGUUCAUUGA